AUGAAUUUAUCUGCGACGACAUUAUUGCGAGUUUUAGUUCGAGAAUCCGGUUUCGCUGAAAAUGGGAGACUAGAGCUAGACGAAACCAUUCAUAAGGAAUGCAUUCGACCUUUGUUCGAGUGUCCAUUCUUCCAGCAGUCAGCACAUAGCGAGAACCUCGCGUCGCAGCUGGCCUUGCACGCCAAAUACUCCUUGGAGUUCCUGUUUAAUGAAGGUAAUUUUUUUUGAAUUUUGCUAUAGUAGCUGCACCCGCGUACGUAACCACAUGAUCUCCAAAGAACCAGAAGCGAUAGUGCGUUAUUGUGACAUCGAAGCCGAUCAUUCUUAUUCUCACUACUUUCAGACGCCUCCCUACAACAUAUUGUAAAAUAAAAAGGUUUAAUCGAUGCUAGCGGACAGCCAAUCGGCUUGGCGGGCUUAGUAGCGUUCUCCUUCGAAGCGGAGCCAGCAAACAUGGUCCUCAACCGUCUGCUAAGAUCCGGCGCACUCCAUGCUUACCUCAAAAAAGCCAAGAAGAGUGAGGUUAAAGACCAGCGAAGCACCUGGGCCACAACGCAAUUACUUGGUGUACUUGGGCACUUCUUCUUUGCCAAGCGGAAGAUGAGUGGUGUGCGUCCUCGCAUCACCCGACGUAAGCACUUGCCCUCGAAGCUGAGUCCAGCCUUACCGCCAUUGCCGGAGAACAUCAAAGCGGAAGUCGAACGUUACAACCACGACGUGGAGAAGACAUACAUGAACUACAUCUGGUCGACGUGCGCUUCUAAGAAGUACCUAGACGCCGGCGCCGGCAAGCCAAGCGACUACAGAUUACCGUUAACGCAAGUCAAAUGUCUGGAAAACCCGAGGGCAGAGUUUCAGAAGGUACUAUAAUUACAUUCGUCCUAGUACCAUUUUCUAUUUCCUGGAGACAAUCAUUAUGACUAUGAACAUCAUCUCUCUUCAAACAAGCUGAAACAUAACUCCAGGACACAACUUAUAUUAUAAUACACCAACAAUACUUAACUCUUCACAGGGAUUGAUGAAUCCAACUGGUGCUUUUGGUAAGUUUCUGAGCGGCACUCGGUCAAAGCUCAAGGCUCGUAGUAUGUUUAGCGGCAUGUUGGGUCUAUCGGACCAUUUUAAAGGACAUCGCGAUGCAGUGAUGAAUGUGCGAACUAGCGUCGCCAAGGUGGACAUGAACUCGAUUCCGGUUAUAGACGUCGAUGAACCGAGGAACUCGUACUUGUUGGAUUUCCUAGCACACGGACAACUGAAACUUCUCACCGGAGAUAACGGUCUCAGUCAAACGGAGGCCUUUGCGAGCUUGGCGGCCUUCCUGAACAGUAUCAAGAUGAUCGAGUCAGCUUUGCAGCAGAUCGUGCCAGAGCAGAAAGCGAAAGACAGUAAGAAAAAUGGUGACAUCGUGCUGUCGACGCUGUGCGAUCUCAUUGCCGAACUGAGUGCGGCACUCAAGAGGGUGUAAAUUCGAAAUGUAGUCGUGCUGUCGAGGGUGGCAUGCAGCUGGAGAGAGGUGCUCUGGAUGCUGUCGAAGGUGGGUGUCUACUGUGGAUGGUGUGGAUGGUUUGGUAGUGGAGAAGUGUGCCAAAUACACGUGAUUGAGCUGUGGUUUCUUGGGGGAUGGUAAGGCGAACACGUGGUGGAUAUGCCAGCAGGGGAAUGAGUCAUGCAUUCUUGUUCUGAUCUUUUCUGUUCAAGUAAAGCUGAUCUUCGGGCAUAUAACUCCCUGUGAUGUGUCAUAAAGUCGAAUUCACAUCGGAUUGAAUGAAUACUUGCUUUAGAAUAAGUGCUUGGUCGACAUGUUAUGAAAGACCCUCAUUCAGCCUUCUUGGCAGAACAUGCAGCAUGGGUUGUCAGAACCAGUUUUUGCAUCACAAACACGCAGCUAGUUUAUAGAAAUAUAAGCUACAUCACAUGUUGAAUACUCAUUCGUUAUUGUCACGGCACGGAUGUAUAUCAUUUGCAUGAUCUAGUUGCAUACCACGUCUUCUACACCGUUCACCGGGGUCGACGACAUCAUUCAACACUGCGGACAUGUUCGUAGCCCUCAUGUGAGAGAUGCAUGAUGGUUCUGAAGAUCAACAAACUACUCCCAUACUAGAGUUGUGAUGCAUGAAAAACGACCUCCUAUUCACUUUUAAGGACUUUAUUUCAACACAUACUUUCUUAUGAGAAAAACAUCGUGCUUACCCUAGACAGCUUGGCAAAAAAAUUUGUCCGGAAAACAGAC